AUGUCUACUCAUCCACAUGCAGCUUUCAGGGGCUGCAGGUUUUUGCUUGAGGCAGCAAAAGCCACAACCCGAUCCCCCAAAGCAGCAUCUUCUUCUGCUUCCAAGAAUAAGGCUGCUGCUACAGCCUUGAAAUCGUCGACAUCAGCAGGGAAGCAGGGUCGUUCUCCUUCAGCUCGACCCACUGGUAUUUUAAAGGUAACCCCUGUUUCGCCCACACUUCAUACCUUUCUUGGAGUUUCUGAGACUUCUCGGGGCGAUGCUGUCAAGAAAAUCUGGGAUUACAUCAAACUCCACAAUCUUCAGGACCCCAUGAAUAAGAGGGAAAUCAAUUGCGAUCACAAGCUCAAAAUACUAUUUGGAGGGAAGGACAAAGUGGGGUUUCUAGAGAUUUCCAAGUUGCUCUCUGCUCAUUUCGUGAAGCCUAACUGAAGUAGUCGUUAAAAUCAUCCAUGCUUGACUCUUGAUAUUGUACAUAAACUACUUUGACUUCUAGACAUUAAACUCUGAUUUGCAACUUGUUUGCUUAGUUUGCUAGAUGGACAUCUUGUAUAAAGUAAAGUAGGAAGAAGCAGAAAGAGUAGCGGCUUAUAAACAAUGUAUGUUCAUUUCUUACUUCAGUGAAAUGUAAUGAAUGUUUUUCCUGUAUCUUCCAUUGUAUACAUAAGUGACAGUUAAUGAAACAUGAUAACAAAGAAUUUUCAACAGCUCAUAGAAAGUUAUGUCUUUCUUCAAUCUUACUGCUGAUUAAGAUUGGAAAGCAUAAUAACAAGCAAUCAAGCAUAGGGGUAAUUCAUAAAAGCCUUGAGGAAGAUCUCAUUAAUUGGCUCACAAUGUGAUUACGAACAAUGCUAUCCAUUUGCCACAAAUAAUGCAUUUUGAU